UUUAAAGGCCCCCCCCACCCCCCUUAUCACCCUCGCCCAUUGACGUAGACCGGGGACCCGCUUGUCCGCUCUCGGCUUGUUUGGUUCCCAACAUAUAUAUAAAGUGGUGACGGCGUUCCCAUUCCAUUCGCAGUUCGACUCAGGUGGUGAACCAGGCGAGCCCAGGCGAGCCAGCGCGAUGGGCAGCAGUGGAAGUGUGGUGCGGCUCGGAGGGCUGGUACUGGGUCUGCUGUGGAUCUUCCUCCAGGAUUUUGCCUCCUGGCUCAGCCGCCUGCUCGGCCUCUCGCUGCUGUUUCCACGUCGCCGUUCGGCGAGCCGCGUGUACGCAAAGUGCUCCGGCCUGCAAUGCAUCGCUCCCAUCAUUGCCACAAUGACGGAGACCCCCGAGACCAUGGAGGCAGAAAUUUACGGCACCAUUCCAGCCUGGAUCAAGGGGACCCUGCUCCGAAUUGGACCCGGAAAGUUCGAGUUCGGGCCAGACAGCUACAACCACUGGUUCGACGGGAUGGCGCUGAUGCACCGUUUCCGCGUGCACGACGGCGGCGUCUCCUACUCGAGCCGCUUCCUGCGCAGCGACUCGUACCUCCGCAACGAGGCCCGGCAGCGCAUCGUGGUGUCCGAGUUCGGCACCAUGGCCGUGCCUGACCCCUGCAAGACGCUCUUCGACAGAUUUUUCACCUACUUCUCACCACCAGCGCCCACCGACAACGACGUGGUGAACUACGUGGAGUACAAGAAGGACGUGUAUGUGAGCUCGGAGACUACGCAAAUGCGCAAGGUCGACCCUCGCACGCUCGACACCAAGGAGAAGGUGGACUGGGGCAAGUUUGUGGCGGUCAACUCGGCCACGGCGCACCCCCAUUAUGACCCCGACGGCACGGCCUACAACAUGGGCAACAUCUUCGGCAAAGAAGGGACGUAUUACGCCAUCAUCCGCGUGCCGGUGCAAAAGGACUCGGACGGUGACACACUCGAGGGCGCCACGAUCGUCACACGCUUCCCGGCCGCGGAUUCACGAUUUCCAUCGUAUUACCAUAGCUUUGCGAUGACGGAGAACUACGUGGUGUUCCUGGAGCAGCCGCUGUGCAUGGACGUCCUACAGCUGCUCACGGCGCGCCUCCGUGGCCGGGCCUACUCGCACUGCAUGGUCUGGAAGCCGCAGCGCGGGAGCAUCAUGCGCGUGGCCAACAAGCACACGGGCGAGAUCCUGCCGGUGGCCUACCACAUGAAGGCCAUGAUGUCCUUCCACCACAUCAACGCUUACGAGGAUGACGGUCACAUCGUCAACGACCUCUGCUGUGUCGACCACUACUGCACAGCGGACGAAGACUCCCUGAUGCUGAAGAACUUGCGUAGCUCCGGGGACGCCCUUGACCAGCUCUACAAUCGGCGGCCCAUGACGUACCCACGUCGGUUCGUGAUGCCCCUGUCCGUGGGCCCCGAUUCCCCACGUGGCACAAACCUCUGCUCCUUGCCGUACACCACGGCCUCAGCCACCCUCCGCGACGACGGCAAGGUGUGGCUGGAGCCCGAGCCGCUGCACGGCGACGACGUGGAGGAGUACGGAGGCCUCGAGUUCCCCAGGAUCCACUACGAGCGCUUCAACGCGCGGCCGUACCGCUACUUCUACUCGUGCGGGUUCCAGCACGUGAUUCCGAACAGCCUCAUCAAGGUGGACGUGACCACCAAGGAGACGAAGCAUUGGCAAGUGGACGGCUAUUACCCGUCGGAGCCCGUGUUCGUACCGAGUCCCGGAGCCGAAGGAGAGGACGAAGGGGUGGUGUUGUCUGUCGUCAUUUCGCCGGACAAGGAGAAGCCGUCCUUCCUGCUGGUUCUGGACGCUUCCUCGUUCGUGGAACUCGGCCGAGCCGUGGUGCCCAGAGACAUCCCAUACGGCUUCCAUGGCAUCUUCGCUCCCAACGUCGUCUAAUAACGACGACCACGGCGGUGGUGGCGAUGGUAGUGGGGAGCGGUAGCAUAGCGGUUAGCGUGCUGCACUACGAACCCGACGACCUUCGAUUUCCGCUCCAGUUAGAUUUCUGCUUGCUAGUAACACCUGCCCCAACAGUCUGUUAAGGCUAUACAGGGGAUCUUUGUCUUUGAUGUGAUUGAGGAUGAUGGUUGUGGUGGUUACAGCUGUGGUCAUCAUGAUGCGAAUGUAGAUGUUGAUUUUAUACAGAUGUCAUUGGGGUAGGUGGUGGCGAUGGUUGUGUUAGUGGUGAUGGUAAUCAUGAUGAUGGUAAAAUUUUGAUUUAAAGCUUUCGUGACUGCAGGGAUUCAUAUUCUUGGUUCUUUUGGUAAAGUCACGUAGAAG